AAAUGCCCAACCACUUCAUGAUUUUUACGGACAUUGCAAAAGUCUUCAAGCCACAGCACAAGUCGCAUAAACAAAAAACAUGGCAGAAAUGGCUGUGACGGCAAACAUGAGAAAAAUGGCUGUGGCGGAGAAAAGGACUGUAAAGGCUGAUGUGAAUAUUUCAUACGGAGUUGAGAAAGAGUGCCGGGUGGCUUUGAUAGGUCGCUCAGGGACUGGAAAAAGUGUCACUGGAAACAACAUACUUGGUUGGAAAGCUUUUCGAUCUGAAUUGAGUGCAUCUUCAGUAACAAGUAGAUGUGAAAUCAACACAGCGGAGCGCUUUGGCAAGAAGUUGGUAGUAGUGGAUACACCGGGAUUGUAUGACACGGCAUUAUCGAACGAAGAUAUCACAAAAGAAAUCGUUAAAUGCAUAGCAAUGCUCGCUCCCGGACCUCACGCCUUUAUUCUUGUUGUUCAAGUAGGGCGUAUCACACCAGAAGAGCAGAACACAAUCACCCACUUCAGUAAUGUCUUUGGUGAAGAAUUCUUCAAGUACCUGAUAGUACUUUUUACACGAAAAGAUGACUUAGAAAACGACGAUAUGACCAUUGAUGAGUAUAUCAAAAAGGUUCCAGACAAACUGAAAGACAUUUUACAGAGAUGUGGUCGCAAAUAUUUAGCAUUUGAUAACUCUCCAAGAGGUCGGAAAACUGGCGCCGACGCACUUGAACUGGUUGAAAAGGUGCAAGAUAUCGUGAAUGGGACUGGAACAUCAUACUACUCAAACGAGAUGUUUGAAAAAGCAGAACAGGAGUUUCAGCGAAGAGCUGAGGAAUUCCGACUUGAGGAAAAAAAGAAGAUUGAUAAGGAACAAAAGAAGAUUCAGAAAGACCUGGAAACCGAACAAAAGAAAAUUGAAUCUCAGAGAAAAGAAGUUGAGGCAAGACGAAUGAAAAUUCAAGCAACGGAAUUUGAACUUCAGAAAAAGGAAAAAAAAAAGUCUCAUGAAUUUGAAGAAACACUUCGAAAGCAGGAAGCUGCUAAAAAGGAUCUCGAAGCAAAGGAAAGAGAAAUUGAAGAAAGGGAAAUCAAAAAUGACAAGUUAGAGUCAAGGAGGAAACGCGAUUUAGAGAAAAGAGAAAAAGAGUUCGAAGAAAAAUGUGGGAGCUAUCGUGACGAUUUUAGAAAGGAAUGCGAAAAGGGAGAUGAGUCUUUUAUGGUCGGACUAAUGAACAGUGUAGGAUCUGCAGUAGUAGCCGUAGGAAAUGCAGCAGAAAAGGUUGCAGAUGCAGUAGGAAAAGUUGGAAAUGCAAUAGGAAACAUAGUUGGAUUUUUUAAAGAAAAAAAAUACACAAGUCGCAUAAACAAAAACAUGGCAGAAAUGGCUGUGACGGAAACCAUGACAGGAUUGGCUGUGACGGAAAACAUGACAGGAUUGACUGAUGUAGAUAUUUCAUACGGAGCUGAGAAAGAGUACAGGAUGGCUUUGAUAGGUCGCACAGGGACUGGAAAAAGUGCUACUGGAAACAACAUACUGGGUAGAAAAGAUUUCGUAUCUAAAUUAUCUGGGUCUUCAGUAACAAGUAGAUGUGGAUUCAACACAACGGAGCGCUUUGGCAAGAAGUUGGUAGUAGUGGAUACACCGGGAUUGUUUGACACGGCAUUAUCGAACGAAGAUAUCACAAAAGAAAUCGUUAAAUGCAUAGCAAUGCUCGCUCCCGGACCUCACGCCUUUAUUCUUGUUGUUCAAGUAGGGCGCAUCACACCAGAAGAGCAGAACACAAUCACCCACUUCAGUAAUGUCUUUGGUGAAGAAUUCUUCAAGUACCUGAUAGUACUUUUUACACGAAAAGAUGACUUAGAAAACGACGAUAUGACCAUUCAUGAGUAUAUCAAAAAGGUUCCAGACAAACUGAAAGACAUUUUACAGAGAUGUGGUCAAAAAUAUUUAGCAUUUGAUAACUCUCCAAGAGGUCAGAAAACUGGCGCCGACGCACUUGAACUGGUUGAAAAGGUGCAAGAUAUGAAUGGGACUGGGAAAUCAUACUACUCAAACGAGAUGUUUGAGAAAGCAGAACAGGAGUUUCAGCGAAGAGCUGAGGAAUUCCGACUUGAGGAAAAAAAGAAGAUUGAUAAGGCACAAAAGAAGAUACAGGAAGACCUGGAAACCGAACAAAAGAAAAUUGAAUCUCAGAGAAAAGAAGUUGAGGCAAGUCGAAAGGAAAUUCAAGCAAAGGAAUUGGAACUUCAGACAAAGGAAAAAGAAAAGUCUCAGGAAUUUGAAGAAACACUUCGAAAGCAGAAAGCUGCUAAAAAGGAACUCGAAGCAAAGGAAAGAGAAAUUGAAGAAAAAGAAAACAGACAAGCCGAGUUAGAGUCAAUGGGGAAACGCGAAUUAGAGAAAAGAAUGGAAGAGCUCCAAGAAAAAUGUGUAAGCUAUCGUGAUGAUUAUAGGAAGGAAUGCGAAAAUGGAAAUAAGACCAUUAUGGGAAGGUUAAUGAUUGGAGCAGCACAAUCCAUUGGAGGUUUAGUAGGAACAAUUGGAGGUGCAGUAAAGGGAUUGUUAAAGUGGACUUAAACUUUCUACAAUAAAAUCAUGAAUACGCAGAACACAUAUUUGCUUGUUCGGAUGUAACGUGUGCUGUUAAUUGUUCCAGA